UUUAAAACGCGAGCACAACACUUGGACUUAUUCGAAAAUACGGAAACUUGAAAACUGUGAUUUUAAAUAUAUAUAUAAAAAAAAACAACAAAAAAUAUAUAAGAAAACUUUAUCAUUAAAUAUAUUAUAAUAAAUUGGACUUUUUUUAAAAAAGAUAAUCAGACAACCAACACUGCAACAAUUAAACCCCGAUCUUUGAAAAAGUUUAUAUAAAAUGAAAUAUUAAAAGCGGAAAGUGUUUUUUUAAUAUAAUAAGUUUUAAAACUUUUCAAACGGUUUUGAAAACUAUAAUAAAAUCUUUUAUAAAAACCAAAACUAAAGUUUUCAGAUAAAAUUAUAAAAUGAAGCGCUUUAAGUGCUCAGUAUUAGUGUAUCUGUUUCUGCUAUUCCCGGUAUCACAAAAUGCUUUCAAUAUUAUCGGUUUAAACAAGCAAAUGCUAUACGAAUAUGUGGGCAGUGUACAAGUGGGCGCUAAAGCGCCGCAGGAAGAAGAAUUACCGGCGCCACCUACUACCGGUUGGAUUGUACGCGGUAAAUUGACAUUACAACGUCAGAAUAAUAAUACUUUGGCGGCAGCGCUUGUCAUAGACGAUGUUACUCUCAACAAUUCGGGAGAAAAAUUUUUGCAAAACAAAGACAUGUAUCCUGCCUAUAAACCCUUUAAAAUUGCCUUAAAUCCCGAUGGCACUAUAUCACACUUGGUAUUCAAAGAAACGGAUCCCAUAUGGUCGACAAACUUUAAAAGAGCCAUUGCCUCAAUGAUACAAUUUCAGACCAAGAAAUCGGGAGCAUUUGUAGUGGAUGAGAUGGGCAUACAUGGUGAAUGUUUAACGGAAUAUUUUAUUUCCAAUAAAACAAAUUAUAUCUCCAUACGUAAAACCCCCGAGUUGAGUUCAUGUAAACCCUAUGCUGAGUCCAUACAUGUAACACGCAGCAAUGUUCCCACAAAUACUUGUAAAUUUGAUUUUCAACAGAAUGUUAUAAGCGGCAAUGAGGCCAUAUUUGGCAUGUUGCCUCAUGCCGAAACCGGUUACUUUUUGAGUAUGGCUCAUGUUAAGGGUUCAUCGCUUAUACACACUUUUGAGUCCACGGGUGAAGCGCAGUUUAUUAAUUCGGAAUUACUUUUAAACUUUUUAAAUGAAACCUCCAUUGACAAUCCCAUAGAUAUUGAAACUUCUAUGGCGGAUGAAGUAUCCGGUUUACAACUGUUGCCAGUUGAAUUGAAUGAUCCCACUGGUGGACGUUUUCCUCAACAACAAGAAAAUCUUAUAAGUGCUGCAUCCCGCCUACUUGAUAGUUUAGCUGAGGGUCUGGAAAAUUCCAAUUAUAAAUUUAGUGAACCCUAUGAUUCCACAGUAUCGGAUGUGAUUAAACUUUUAACAGAAAUGGACUAUGAAUCGCUGAAGAAAUUGUAUACAGAAGUGGACAUUGGUACAUCGUAUAGACAGGAAACUAUACGCAAUAUAUUCCAUGAAAUUAUACCCAGAAUUGGUACCAAAGCCUCGGUAUUCCUAACACGUUAUUUGGUCGUAGAGAAAAAGGAAAUAAAAUCCACUAUUGCUGUACAAUUGAUCGUCUCUAUGCCUUUUCAUAUAUUCGAGUUAUCACAUGAUUUAAUUAAGGGUUGUGAGGAUUUCUUAAAUCUGGGACCCGAACGACCCGAUGUUAUGCAGGCAGCUGUUUUAAGUUUUGCUACUUUGGUUUAUAAUGUUCACAUAGCUGGAGGGAUUAAUAAAGAUGUUUUCGAGGAUUAUGUUCAGAAAUAUUUCAAUUUAUAUUUGGAUUCGCGGGACUAUGACAGCAAGAUGUUAUAUUUGCAAGGUCUAAGUAAUUUACAGGUUGGCAAUGUGGCCAAUUAUUUAGAUCCUAUCGUUAGCAAUGGGGAGGAGAAUCAAGACAUUAAAUUUUUGGCUGCCUGGACUACAUUAUCUUUGGCUCCCGAUCGUGCGGAAAGGAUCUAUGAAAUCUAUUGGCCCAUCUUCGAAUCUCGUAAUGCCAGUUUAGAAUUGAGAGUUGCGGCGGUAACUUUGCUACUGAUCUCUAAUCCUACAGCCGCCCGUUUAAUAAGUAUUCACCGUAUUAUACAAAGUGAGACAGAUCCUCAUAUGAUCAAUUACUAUAGAACCACCAUCACUAGUAUUUCAGAGACCACAUACCCUUGUUAUCAAAAUUUGAGACGUUUAUUGUCCUACAUGCAUCGCCAUUUGCCCCAAAAGCCGGAACCACGUUAUUGGGUUACCGGUAAUUAUAUAUUCGAUUAUCGUGAUUCGAAAUUUGGUAUUGGUGCCAUGCUGCAGGCUUUAUUAGUUGGAGAUCCUAAAUCUGAUUUACCCGUGGUGGCCUAUUUGCAAUUUGAUACGGAGGCUUUGGGGAAAUUUACUGGACAGUUGGCGUUAUAUAUUAAGGCCCGUGGUUUGCCCGAUACCAUGUUCAAAACUCUUAUGAAAACCAAUGGAGAUCCUAAGAAAUAUAUUAACAUACAAAGUCUUUUGAAAUUAUUAGAUGCUCCCAUUAUAGAUACCAAACCUUUGCAUUUAGAAUUUAUUUUAAAAAUGGAGGGUAAAGCGGUAUUAUCCUAUUACUUAAAUGAGCGCACCUAUCAAAAGAUCACCUAUAAAGAUUUAAUCGAUCGCAUUGCCUUCCUUAUAAGAGCUGAUAGCCAUAUUAACAUGCAAACUGUCAGAUGGCCUUUUAUGACCAAAUAUGCUGUGCCCACAGUUCUGGGUACCAAUGCCGAUGUCUUGCUACAAACUACUGUACUCACCUCUUUGCGCGGCAAUAUUACCCAAUUCCAUCAUCCGAAUGUUAUGAAAUCUUCUUUGGAAAUUGAUGCACGUUAUUCGUCGUAUGCUUCUUGCCGCAGUCGUAGUUAUAAUCCUUUCCUUAAUUUGGAUCAUGAAAUUAAUCGUGAACAGGGUUUCUUGAUUUAUGUUCCACUCUACUUGAGUUUGAAUUAUUAUGCUGGUAGCUGUUGGGAAUAUGCCUUUAAUAGGCCGGCUAAUCUUACCAGUGGUUUAUCGUUUAAAUCAAGAUCGGUUACCACCACUAGAGGGUUGAUAACUAAGUCUGCUAAUGAACCGUUUGAGGAGAUAAUGCAUCCGGAAAGACAUCAUGAUGUGGUUCAAUUAUUCAAAUACGAUAUGGAAGAUUUAGGCAUGUCCAUUAUUAUAAAUACCAACUUAAAUGAGCUGAACAAAUAUCGGGGCAUGUUAUUGAAAUCGGAAUUUAUGGAAAAUGGCUUUUCACGCAAUAUGAUCAUUAAUUUCCUUAUGUAUGUCUUUGGUGUGGCCCAAUUAAGCUCUAUACAUUUAGGGCAUGAUCGUAACUUUACUCUCCUGAUAUCAAAUGAAAAAUUAACCAAGAUCGAGGGCGCCAUUUGCAGCACCGAAGAAUUGAAAUCUUCCGAUAGCAUUAAUCGAAAUAUUAACUUUACUCUCAUCCAUACGGAUGAUCAAAAUAUGGAACAAAAUCUUCAUAAGUGGAUUGUUAAUAUGGAUGUCCAAUCAUCGAAAAAGACCAGUUGGUUUAAUUUGGCCGGUAAUGUUCAGCGUACAGCAGCAGAGACAGCCGAAAUGCCACAAACUGAUUGGAAGGCCUGCGUGAAUGUUACUUUCGCUCCCCUGGUAUUCACCAAACGUCCACACACUUUUAUGGGUACCGUGAUAUUCGGCAACGCCUCCACAGAUCAUGAAUGUCCCGCUAAUGGUUCGAGUAUACAGUUCAGUAGCCGAGCAGGGCCCUCGGAUCAUGCACGUGAAUUCCUAUUAUCUGAUAAUCCUUUAACCGAUACCGGUUUUUGUCCCAAAGAAGUAUUGAAAUUUUCACCUAUACCUACUUCGAAAUAUUGCAAGAGAAGUAAUUUCGAAAAUUUCACCUCAAUAACGAAAUACGAUAUGGAUGUGCAGUUUGAUAAUAUGCCCGAAUGGUAUGAUUUCUGGUCCUCACGUUUGGAUCAUUUUGUUUCCUCUUUCUCUGCGGAAAAAGUUGAACGUUUAAAUAUGAACAAAGAGAUACAUGUAUCAAUAAAUGCCCCCAAUGAUUAUUUCUGGUUGACCGUGGAGGUAAAUGGUGUAAGAAGACGUAUUUAUCAUAUACCAUUUAUACAAAAACUUGAUUCCAAAUAUGAUGCUUCUCACGAAAUUUCCUAUGAUUCGGGAGUUAAACGUUCCUGCUCCGUUAUCAAUGGCAUGGUUAAUAGUUUCGAUGACUAUUUAAUUGAUUUGUCUGAUUAUCAUAAAGUAACCAAAGCUGAGAAUUGUUUAACUCUAUUAGCGGCCGACUGUAGUUCUUUGCGUGAAAUGGCUGUCUUCUUAAUGCCCUCUGUCGAAAAUAGCUUAAGUUCUAAUUACGGUUUGAGAGUGUAUAUAGGAGAGAACUAUUUUACAUUUAAAUCAUCGAGUAGUACCGAUGAUAAGGCCCCGGUUAAUAUAAUAUUGAAUAAGGAUGAAAAAGUUAUUGAUGUACGACAUCAACCAUAUCAAUAUCCGGAAGAAAGUAACAAUUAUGAUUUUAGAAUCGAAGUAAAUGAACAGAAUAUCUUAAUUGUCGAAAAUAAUCUAAUGCAUUCGACCAUACAAUUUGAUAUGUUGAAUAUUUUAAAUUUUGAAAUUUAUUCGGUUUACAAAAAUAAAAUGUGUGGUUUAUGCAGUAAACCUUUGAAUAGUAUGCGCAAUUAUACAUUGUGCGAGUAACGAAGCCAUAAAGCAAAAUCAACAAAAUCUUUAAUUAAGAAUUAUAAAUAAAUGAGAAAUUAAAUACAACCAUUACUACUACAAUUAUUAAAAUAAUAUUAAGAAGUAAUAAAUGAUAGUAAUAACAACAAAGAAGAAGAAAAAAGUUAAAACGUUCCAUGUGUUAAAAAACAAUUAAUUAAUAAUUAAUAAUGAAAAUACUUUAUACUAUAUUUUUGUGUUUAGAAAUAAAGUGUCACAUUUUAGCAUAAAAUUAA